AUGAAUAUGUUGCCUGAUUUCGAUGACAUGGACAUGGAAGAUGAAGAUGAAGAUGAUGAUAUCGUUGAGAUCAAUGUCAAUCAACACCUAAAUUACGAGAGUUUUGGACCAAUGAUUGAAGCCAUUGGCCAAUAUGGUCCUGGUAUGAAGCCACCGACUUACCAUGAAGUGCGGGUUACCCAACUCAAAAAAGAAGUGAAACAUACUGAAGAUUUGAUGAAGGAUCAUAAAGAGGAUUGUGCAAAAUACGGGUGUUCCAUAAUGGUUGAUGGUUGGACUGAUAAGAGAGGAAGGACAUUGAUUAACUUUUUAGUUAAUUGUCCAAGAAGAACCAUGUUUGUUGAGUCGGUUGAUGCUUCUAGCUAUUCAAAGGAUGGGCAAAAGCUAUAUGAAUUACUAGACAAGUUUGUGGAGAAAGUUGGAAAAGAGAAUGUGGUGCAAGUUAUCACUGAUAGUGCUCCAGCUAAUGUGAGGUUUUUGGAAGCUAAGUAUGAACACUUGUAUUGGACACCAUGUGUUGCUCAUUGUUUGGACUUGAUGUUAGAAGACAUUUUCAAGAUACCUAGACUGAAAAAGACAUUUGAAAGGGGUAUUGCAGUACAUGGCUACAUUUACAAUCAGCCUACGUUGCUAAACAUGAUGAGGCGCUAUACAAAUUUGAAGAAUUUGACCAAGCCUGCAAAAACUAGAUUUGCAACCGCCUUUUUGACUUUGUCUAGGAUGCAUCAACAAAAAAACAAUUUGAGAAAGAUGGUCACCUCCGAAGACUGGACCUCAAGCAAAUGGGCAAAGGAGCCACAAGGUAAAAGAAUGGCACAAACUUUGUUGAUGCCUUCAUUUUGGAAUACUGUUGUGUUUGCCCUUAAGGUCUCGGGUCCUCUUGUCAAAGUGCUUAGAUUGGUAGAUACCGAGAAGAAAUCUCCCAUGGGAUACAUUUUAUGA